CUUCGCUCUGUUCUAGCCACUUCUCUUUAUCAUAUGAUAUUUUGUCCCUCCUAGAUGUAUUUCUACGCAUCCUACAUAUUUCAGGAAGCUGGAAUCCCCAAUGAAAAAAUCCCAUAUGUUGUGAUUGGCACUGGAAGCUGUGAGCUGAUUACUUCAGCUACCUGUACUCUGUUCAUUGACCGUGUUGGCCGCCGAACGCUGGUGAUUGGAGGAUACAGUAUGAUGUCAGUCUGGGCUGUAGUUUUCAUGGUUGCUUUGUCUCAGCAGGAGCGGGUCCAUUGGAUGCCAUAUCUCAGCAUGGUCAGCAUAUUUGCCUACAUUCUGAGUUUUGGAAUCGGUCCAGCUGGGGUUACUGGCAUCAUGCCAGCCGAGAUAUUUGACCAGAUGGCACGUCCAGCUGCUUACAUGAUCUGUGGGUCUCUUAUUUGGCUCAAUUUGUUUGUGAUGGGACUCGCUUUCCCUUUUAUUGUGCAAGGCCUUGGUCACUUCUGCUACAUCCCGUUCCUCAUCGUUUGUGUCACCACUGCUCUGUAUGUUGGAUUCUUCUUGCCAGAGACCAAAGGCAAAACUCUUCUAGAGAUCACAGAGGAAUUCAGGCAAAGCAGAGAAAAAAAACAGGAAGGGAAAAUUGCCUGGAAUGGACCUCAAGAGAUCAAAUCCACAAUGCUAUGACAACCUUAAUGAAAACAGGGGGCAUACAUUUGCACGUCAGUGCAUUCUGUGUCAUCCGUCAGUGAUGUAUAAAACGCACAGGUUUGGUGCUGGCCUCUUGUUCUCAAGGCACUAUAAACUCACCCUAAAUCUUCCAAUGAAAAUGUUAUAUUUAAUUGGGAGUUAACGGGUGAGGUACAAGAUACCUCCAUUUAUCCUGCCUUUGCUGCUAUGAGCACUAAAAAUGACUUGUGUACUAAUAACCAGUUUUAGUUAUGACUUCCAGUGUGCACCUCAGGCCUCCAGGACUGUACCUCUCACAGUAAUUUAUUUACAACUACCUGUCUUCCAAUCCAUUAAGCCAAAAGUUAUUAGGAAUAUAUUCAUAGUAUCUAAUUGCACUUGAAACUCUGUAUGUGGUCAUCUUGUAUUGUCUCUCCUGAAAUAUGAAGUCUCCAGCAUGUGAUAAUCAGGGAAUGGCUGGCAGUGUGAUG